CGGCCGAGCACGUACAUCCAUCGAUCAACCGACCGGCGGGCCGACAUGACGACGGAGGUGGAGCUGAGAGUGGAGUCCCUCAGCCUGAGCGGCCUGUCCGCCAUCCCGCCGGAGUACGUCCGCCCGGAGGCGGAGCGCGCCGGCCUCGGCGACGCCAUCGAGCUCGCGGCCCGGGCCGCUUCCGAGGACCCCGCCCGCAUCCCGGUCGUCGACAUCGCCGCGUUCGACGGAGACGACCCGGACUCGAAGCGCGCGUGCGUCGAGGCGGUGCGCGCGGCGGCCGAGGAGUGGGGCGUCAUGCACGUCGCCGGCCACGGCAUCCCCGACGACGUGAUCGACCGCCUGCGCGCGGCGGGGGAGGCGUUCUUCGCGCUUCCCGUCGCGGAGAAGGAGAAGUACGCCAACGACCCGGCGGCGGGGCGGCUGCAGGGGUACGGCAGCAAGCUCGCCGCCAACGCCAGCGGGCAGAGGGAGUGGGAGGACUACCUGUUCCACCUCGUCCACCCCGACCACCUCGCCGACCACUCCGUCUGGCCGGCUAACCCGCCGGAGUACGUGCCCGUGACGAGCGACUUCAGCGCCCGCGUCCGGGAACUCGCUUCCAAGCUGCUCGCCAUCCUCUCCCUCGGCCUCGGCCUGCCGGAAGAGACGCUGGAGCGGCGUCUCCGGUCAGGACAGGAGCAGGACGAGGAUGACGACCUGCUCCUCCAGUUCAAGAUCAACUACUACCCCAAGUGCCCGCAGCCUGACCUCGCCGUCGGCGUCGAGGCCCACACCGACGUCAGCGCGCUCUCCUUCAUCCUCCACAACGGCGUGCCGGGCCUGCAGGUGCACCACGCCGGCCGCUGGGUCACCGCGCGCACCGAGCCUGGCACCAUCGUCGUCCACGUCGGCGACGCCCUGGAGAUCCUCGCGAACGGCCGCUACACCAGCGUGCUCCACCGCGGCCUCGUCAGCCGCGAGGCGGUGCGCGUGUCCUGGGUCGUCUUCUGCGAGCCCCCGCCGGAGUCCGUGGUGCUGGAGCCGGUGCCGGAGCUACUGCUGCUCGCCGACGGCGCCGACAAGCCGCUCUUCGCGCCACGCACCUUCAAGCAGCACGUCCAGCGCAAGGUGUUCAAGAUGCAGCAGGACCGGCAGCAAGACGCCGGCGUUGCAGCUGCAUAAUUCAACACACUAUCAUCGGUCGAAUUAAUGUAUCGACCUAGCUAAAUAAUUGCAACGACCUCGCUAGGGCAAGUCACUAUAUAUAUCAUAAAAGCGUGUGGUAUACAUCUUUAUUUUUUAAAAAAAAUAGAGGUUGUUAAAUAAUUAGUGCGGUCAAAAUGUUUUAUCUAUAUGAUUCCAUCUUUAUCAAUAUAAUUUUUAUUCAACUUUCUUAUGUA